CAAAAGAUUCGUAAUAUUAUUCUCUCUGCUCAGAAUAUAAACAUUAGUGAUUUCUUGAGAGUUCUUGUCAUGAAGUGUUCAAGAAUGGCUUAUGAUCAAUCUCUUCACUCUCCGAACAAUCCACAUUUCUUCCAGCCUCUCCUUCCUGGCUUCCACACUUACCUCAACAUUCCUGUAGCUUUCUUCUUGAAGCACGUCCAAGGAAGUAACGACCACAUCAAGACUGCAAAACUGACAACAGAUGCGUCCGCUAAAACUUGGUUGGUGAAGGUAGACGGCGUGAGACUCACAGAUGGUUGGGAAGAUUUUGCAGUAGGGCAUGAUCUCCGGAUAGGUGACAUCACUAUUUUCAGACAUGAAGGAGAGAUGGUGUUUCAUGUCACAGCUUUCGGACCAAGUUGCUGUGACAUUCAAUAUACUUCAGAAUCAUCUCACAACAUCAAUGAUGAUAGUCAAGAUCAGACCAACAAUGCUGUUACAGGAAACAGUUCAGGAGAGAAGAGAAAAAGAGUCAAGAAGAAUCCAAGAACGAAAGAAGAUUCUUCAUCAGACCAUUCUCAAUUUGUGGCACAUGUCUCACCCUCUAGUCUAAGUUCUGAUCGACUGUAUAUACCAACGGGGUUUGCUAGGUCAAACGGUCUGGACAACAUGAGCGGUAAAGAGAUUAUUGUUCUUCUUAACGAGGAAGGAAGAUCAUGGAGCUUAGAUAUGACAUGCAACAAAGUAGGCAUGCAGACUUUUGUAAGACCUGGUUGGAGAAGAUUCUGUGCUGAAAAUGGGAUGAAAAAAGGUCACCACUAUACGUUCAAACUGGUCCGAAGAUCUGCACCAUUAAUCAUCCGUUUGUCCCAUGCAGAACAUGAGCCAGAACCAGCUACAGAAUCUUCAUUAAACCAUUCUUAUUAUGUUGGAUCUGUCAGUCCUAAUAGCCUUAGUACUGAUAAACUGGUGAAUACAUAAACUCUUUCAAUAGUUUCAUUUGCACCUUUUUGGAACUUGAAAUGCUAUCUUUA